AUGUGUCAGAGAAGUGUGGACAAAACGUAUCAUGCCUCUCUUGCUGAUGUUGCUAUUGAAGCCCAAACAUAUGCUUACUACGCGUGGGCAUUCGGGUAUCCGUUCGGAUUCGGUUCUUUUCCCGGGUAUCGGGUCUAUUCGGGUAGGAGGUUGAGAACCAUUCGGGUAUUCUUAAAAUUUGGUUCGGUAUCGGUUCGGGUUCGGGUCGAUUCGGUUCGGGUUCGGUUCGGGUUUUUUCGGGUAGUGAAGUGGAGAACCCAUUCGGAUAAUUCUAAAAGUCGGGUUCGGGUUCGGUUUGGUUAUUUUUCGGGUUUUUCAGUUCGGGUAUUCGGUUCCGGGUAUUAUGCCCAGGCCUAUCUUAAACAUAUUUGUACUUCUUUGUGGCGUACGUUCUAG